AUGGCUCUCGCUCCCCAAUUUGCUGGUCACCGUCUCGGCUCUGCUGCCGCUCCCCACACUCUUGAAAUUUACUUGGACUACGUGUGUCCAUUUUCUGCAAAAAUAUACAAACGUAUCCGUGAGCAAGUUUGGCCGUUUGUAGAACAAACGUAUCCGAACAAAGUCCAGUUGAUCUUCCGCCAACAAGUCCAGCCAUGGCACGCAUCUUCGACGUUGGUGCAUGAGGCUGCGCUGGCUGUUGAAAAGAUUGACGCUUCCAAGUUUUAUCCUUUCUCGGAUGCCUUGUUUGCUCAUCAAGAAGAAUUUUUUGACAAGCCCGUUGAGAACAAGUCGCGUCGCGAACUUCUUGCCGACUUGGCCAAGAUUGCUGAGUCCGUGGAUGUCUCGGGUGAAAAGUUCACGGGCUUGUUGACCAAUGAACAGGGAGAAUCCAAGAACGCCGGUAAUGCUGUCAGUGCCGACUUGAAGUUGUGUAUCAAGACCGGUCGUCAGAACGGUAUCCACGUCAGUCCCACUGUCUUAUUUGAUGGAUUGCAAGACAACAGCGUUUCCUCGGGCUGGGAGAUGGAUCAGUGGAAGGAGUACUUAAAAAGCAAACUGUAA